AUCAGACGGAUUUGAAUUGUGAGUAUUUAUUUUUUUCGAUGGUGUUCUCGUGGCGAUAAAGCUGUCUAAAGGUCACACAUAGAACCAGGUCAGACCCAAGCCAGACAUGGGCUCUUGCCGAGAUAGCGAAAGCCGGGUAACGAACGGAGUACUACGUCAUCUGCCCGCGCCUGCCUGCUUUAUCAGCAGAGCGUCAAGCCGAGAGUGAGAGUGUUUUUUUGCCUUUUGCCUUAAAUAGGGGCCGCUCGUAUUCCUCGACGUUUAUUCAACAUGGAACGCGACGAGAAGCUGAGACCAGCGACAAGCUAUACGAGUACCUCACUGUAUGAGGCUGUCAAGUUGCGACGGGAUGAGAAGGAUACGGUCGGAAUGCAGAGUGUGCCGGAAUUUUUUCGCGACGCCUGCCAGAAAUACGCUCAUCUACCUGCCUUGGUCUGGGAGCAAUCGGCGGAUCAACAGGAUUGGAUAACGCUCAGCUAUGCGGAUUACGAGAAGCGAGUGGAGCAGGCGGCGCUAAUGAUGUUGCAUGUUGGCCUGGAGGAGCGCAGCUCGUUGGCCAUCCUCUCGUUUAAUUGCCCGGAAUGGUUUUUUUCCGAAUUGGGCGCACUGCGUGCCGGCGGCGUUGUGGCUGGCAUAUAUCCCAGCAAUUCCGCCGAGGCGUGUUACCAUGCGCUGAAAACCAGCGAUGCAACAGUCUGCGUGGUGGAUGAUGACAAGCAAAUGGCCAAGCUGAGGGCGAUCAAGCACAGGCUGCCCAGGUUGAAGGCUGUCAUACAGCUGCACGGGCCGUACGAGAGCUUUGUCAACCAGGAGCCGGACUACUUUAGCUGGCAGCACUUGAGGCAGACGCUGGAAACUCUCGACACUGAGCAACUGCAGCAGGAGCUGGCGCGUCGUGAGCGUGAAAUCUAUGCAAAUGACUGCGCCAUGUUGAUCUUUACAUCCGGCACAGUGGGCAUGCCCAAGGCGGUAAUGCUUACCCACGAUAGUGUUGUCUACGACACGAAAAUUGUGGCCGCCACCAUGGAGAACACCAUACUGGGCGCCGAGCGUUUGGUGAGCUAUUUGCCAUUGAGUCAUAUUGCCGCCCAAAUCUUUGACAUCUUUGUGGCUAUGGCGCACGGCGGCUGUGUUUACUUUGCGGAUAAGGAUGCGCUCAAGGGUACACUGGUGCGCAGCUUCCUAAAGGCCAGACCGACGCGUAUGUUCGGAGUGCCGCGUGUCUUUGAGAAGUUCCAGGAACGUCUUGUGGCCGCCGAGGCCAAGGCCAAACCCUAUUCCCGCCUGCUGUUGUCCAAGGCGCGCGAAGUGGUCGCCCAGCAUCAGCUGGCCACAAUUGCUGGCGAGAAACUCUCUUUAUACGCCCAGGCCAAGUACUGGCUGGCGUCCCUCAUCGUUCGACCCAUACGCCAGAUGCUGGGCCUGGAGCUAUGCAAGACUUUAUUAACGGGCGGCGCACCUGUCUCCCCGGAGCUCAAACAUUUCUUUUUGGGCCUGGACAUGCCGCUAGCCGAUGUCUAUGGCAUGUCAGAGACGGGCGGGGCCAUUACGCUGAACGAGCGCAUCACAAAUCUCUAUAGCUCAGGGGCACCGAUCGCGGGCACAGAGGUCAAGAUAGACAAGCCGGAUGUGAAUGGCCAGGGCGAGAUCCUAAUGCGUGGACGCAUGAAUUUCAUGGGCUAUCUGGGUGAGCCGGCUAAAACGGAGGAGGCCAUCAAGCCGGAUGGCUGGCUGCACAGCGGCGAUGUGGGCUACCUGGACGCGCACGGCAAUGUGGUCAUCUCGGGCAGACUCAAGGAGCUAAUCAUCACAGCCGGCGGCGAGAAUAUACCACCAGUGCAUAUUGAGGAGCUGAUCAAGCACGAGUUGCCCUGUGUUAGCAAUGCCCUGUUGGUGGGCGAUCAUCGCAAGUAUCUGACGGUGCUGUUGGCCUUGAAAACCAAAUCUGAUCCCAAUACGGGACUGCCGCUGGAUCAGCUGCGCGAGGAGACGAUCGAGUGGCUAAACGAACUGGGCCUUAAGCAAACGCAUCUCUCCGAGCUGCUCAAUAUACGCAACGAUCUGCAGUUGCCCAGCGACGCGAAUGCUCUGGCCGCAGCUCUAGAGGUCAAUGCCGAGCCCAAGCUCUUGGAGGCAUUGGAGGCGGGCAUCAAGCGGGCCAAUAAAAAUGCCAUCUCCAAAGCACAGUGUGUUCAAAAGUUUGCUUUGCUUCCCCAUGAAUUCUCCUUGGCCACCGGCGAACUGGGUCCCACACUCAAGAUCAGACGCAAUAUUGUCCACACCAAGUACGGACCGUUGAUUGAUCGACUCUACAAAUGAUUUACAUAAAUAUUAUUAUUUAGCUCCUAGGCCUUCAAUUCUCAGACAAUGUUUUAACAGCUUUUUUUAAUUAUAGUUUACAUAUACAAUUA